AUGGGGAGUAAGAGGAGGGGUUCUGUGAGACCCUUUACAGGCAUUCCCCUUGGUGCUGUGGUGAUCAAUCUGUCAGAUGAUGAGGGAGAGGCUGGGAAGGGUGUAUGCGAUGAGAGUGGGAGAGAGGAGGUCGAAGUGACGGGAGACACAGAGGGUGAGAAGUUAGUGGAGGAGGAGAAAGAAAUGGGAGAAGUGGAGACAGCGGAGGAGGAGCAAAUGGAGGAGAACGAAGAGGAAGAAGUGGAGAUAGACGAUGAGGGGGAGCAGGAGGAGGAGAAAGAAGAGGGGGAAGUGGAGGCAGAGGAGGAGGAGGAGGAGGAGGAGGAGGAGGAGCAAGAGGAGAAGGAAGAGGGGGAAGUGGAGACAGACGAGGAGGAGCAGGAGGAGGAGGAAGAUGGAGACGUGGAUAUACUAUUAUAA